CCCUGCACACCACCUCCUCCCUGUAUACCACCUCCUCCCUGCAUACCACCUCCUCCCUGCAUACCGCCUCCUCCCUGCACACCACCUCCUCCCUGUAUACCACCUCCUCCCUGCAUACCGCCUCCUCCCUGUAUACCACCUCCUCCCUGCAUACCACCUCCUCCCUGCAUACCACCUCCUCCCUGCAUACUGCCUCCUCCCUGCACACCACCUCCUCCCUGUAUACCACCUCCUCCCUGCAUACCACCUCCUCCCUGCAUACCACCUCCUCCCUGCAUACUGCCUCCUCCCUGCACACCACCUCCUCCCUGUAUACCACCUCCUCCCUGCAUAUCGCCUCCUCCCUGCAUACCGCCUCCUCCCUGUACACCACCUCCUCCCUGUAUACCACCUCCUCCCUGCAUACCGCCUCCUCCCUGCAUACCACCUCCUCCCUGCAUACCGCCUCCUCCCUGCAUACCGCCUCCUCCCUGCAUACCACCUCCUUCCUGCACACCACCUCCUCCCUGCAUACCGCCUCCUCCCUGCACACCACCUCCUCCCUGCAUACCACCUCCAUCCUGCAUACCACCUCCUCCCUGCAUACCAUCUCCUCCCUGCAUACCACCUCCUCCCUGCAUACCACCUCCUCCCUGUAUACCACCUCCUCCCUGCAUACCACCUCCUCCCUUUACACCACCUCCUCCCUGCAUACCGCCUCCUCCCUGCAUACCACCUCCUCCCUGCAUACCGCCUCCUCCCUGCAUACCACCUCCUUCCUGCACACCACCACCUCCCUGCAUAAUGCCUCCUCCCUGCAUACCACCUUCCCCCUGCACAACAUUUAUACCACCUCCUCCCUGCACACCACCUCCUCCCUGCAUACCACCUCCUCCCUGCAUACCACCUCCUCCCUGCAUACCACCUCCUCCCUGUAUACCACCUCCUCCCUGCAUACCACCUCCUCCCUGCAUACCACCUCCUCCCUGCACACCACCACCUCCCUGUAUACCACCUCCUCCCUGCAUACCGCCUCCUCCCUGCAUAUCGCCUCCUCCCUGCAUACCGCCUCCUCCCUGCACACCACCUCCUCCCUGUAUACAACCUCCUCGCUACAUACUGCCUCCUCCCUGCACACCAACUCCUCCCUGUAUACCACCUCCUCCCUGCAUACCGCCUCCUCCCUGCAUACCACCUCCUCCCAGUAUACCACCUCCACCUUGUAUACCACCUCCU